AUGCACCUCCUGACUUGCAAGUUGCUUGCAACUAGCCUUCUGGUCACCACAGCCUAUGGUCUUCCAGGCAUUCACGCCAAUGCCCGCAAAGAUCCUCGAUUUGUGACUGUGGAGGGAGAAAGGUUCAAGCUCAAUGGCAGAGACUUUCAUUUUGCUGGCUCCAAUGCCUAUUACUUCCCAUUUAAUGCAGAUCAAGCAGAUAUCGAGAAAGGCUUACUUGCUGCUAAAAAUGCUGGCUUGACUGUGUUCCGUACUUGGGGUUUCAACGAUAAAAACAGCAGCUAUAUUCCUGGCGGCUUGCCACAAUAUGGUGGUGAAGGUGCUGGUCCGUCUGAGGUUGUGUUUCAAUGGUGGCAUCCCAACGGCACAUCAACCAUCAACGUUGCAGGCUUUGACAAGGUCGUCAAUGCCGCCAUCAAGACCGACAUGAAGCUCAUCGUUGCACUGACCAACAACUGGGCUGAUUAUGGUGGCAUGGAUGUCUACACUGUCAACCUUGGUGGCAGAUAUCAUGAUGAUUUCUAUCGCCUUCCCAAGAUUAAGAGUGCUUUCAAGCGCUAUGUGAAGACGAUCGUCACCCGCUACAAAGAUUCGCCGGCCAUCCUUGCCUGGGAAUUGGCCAAUGAGCCUCGCUGCGGCGCUGAUGGUGUCCGUAACCUUCCUCGGAGUCCGGACUGCACACCGGCUGUUCUUAGUGCUUGGAUUGCUGAGAUGAGCGCCUACAUCAAGAGCUUGGACCCCAACCACCUUGUCACCUGGGGCGGCGAGGGCGGGUUCAAUCGCGAGUCCGAUGACUGGGCGUAUAAUGGCGCUGAUGGCGGUGACUUUGACCAUGAGCUCUCUCUCAAGACGAUCGACUUUGGUACUUUCCAUUCCUACCCUGAUUGGUGGAGCAAGACGACCGAUUGGACAGAACAGUGGAUUCGCGAUCACGCGGCCGCAGGUCGCAGGGCGCGCAAGCCUGUUGUUCAUGAAGAAUAUGGUUGGCUGACUCCUGAGCUGCGGCUUGAGUACACUGGCAGGGUCGACAAUCGUACCCGCGUCGAGGUCAUGGGUCGUUGGCAGAAGAUCACUGUUGCUGAAAAGCUGGCUGGUAGCAUGUACUGGCAGUAUGGCUACUCAAAUUAUUCUUAUGGACGCAACCACAAUGACGGCUUCACUAUUUACCUCGAUGAUUCUGAGGCGCAGGUGCUUGUGUACCAGCACGCGAAGGAGAUGAAUGCGCUGAACCGUCGUCGUUGA